AUGUGCGCGAUGUACACGGUGGAACAGGUCAAGGUGAUGACGAAGGCACGAGUCUCGGAGGGGAGGUCUAUCCUCGUCAUCCAGGCUGAGAUCGACACUCUCGCCCGUAUGCAGCAUCCCUUCAUCGUACACCUGUUCGGGGUACAUCAGGACGACGUGCGGUGCAUGCUGGUCCUCGAGUACGCGGCGGGCGGGGAACUCCUUCACAGGAUCCAGACACGGCUGCGGCUCCCGGACGCGGAGGCCAAGUUCUACGCGGCGGAGAUAGCGGACGCCCUCCAGUACAUGCACAACGAAGUGCCCCUCACAUUGAACCCACGCUCGCAAUCGAAGGUGGGCAUUAUCUACCACGACUUGAAGCCGGAAAAUAUCCUCCUCGCCGCGGACGGGCACGUCAAGGUCGUCGAUUUCGGUCUCGCUCUCGACAAGGAGGCCCGGAAGUGGGACGAGUGCCGCAUGGGGACGAGCGCCUACAUGGCCCCCGAGCUGGCCAAGUACAAGGUUCAGGGGGCUCACGCGCCGGCGGUGGACUGGUGGUCCUUCGGGUGCGUGGUGUACGAGCUGCUCGGGGGAUGCUCGCCCUUCGGGGACUCGGCCGACCUCACCAAGUACGAGAUCUAUACAAACAUCACCGAGAAGAAGCUACGCUUCGGGAAAGGGUUCGGCGCCAAGGCGAGGGGGCUGCUGAGGCGGCUGCUAGACAAGAACCCGGCGACGCGGCUCGGCUGGCAGGGGGUUCAGGUGCUUCAGUGA